GUUUAUGCGCGCCCGUCGAGGGGAGGGUUCGCGUGUUUCACUACGUUGGCUUUUCUCCCAGAAAGAUUUCGGUGUGGGAAUUUCAAUUUUACAUUUCUGAGGCGGUCGGAAGCUCUUUUACCGGAGACCUCAUCCUGAAAGUUUCGUUGAGCGCGUCUAGACUGAAUAAGUGUGCCGGGCGUGAUGACGACAGAGGUGGGAUCAGAGACAGAUGUGAAGAAGGAACCAGAGAAGGUUCCUGACGUUCCGCAACAGACGGAUCCUGUGCAAACAGACCAACCCGACAAACCCGCCGACAGCGACGCCCAGCCUGCCUCGGCGAGUGCCGCCCAACCGGAGCAGGAGAGUCCGAGCACUGAGCCCGAGAGCCAGCCGGAAGCGUCCGCAUCUCCUGAGCCCAGCAGCCCUCCUGCUGCCGGCAGCCAGAAGAAAGAGAAGGGCAUCUCUCGCUUCCUGCCUCCAUGGCUUAAACGACAGAAAUCACUAAGCCAAGAGAAACCUCCUGAGAGCCCAGCACAGCCCAAGAGCGAGAGCCUGAAGGAGGAGGAGGAGGAGCAGAAGAGUGAGCCGAAAGACCAGACCGACGGAGGAGGAGCAGCGGCCCCGAGUACAGAGAAAACUGAGGAGGUGGAGGAGGUGGAGGAAGUGAAGGAAGUGAAGGAGGUAAAGGAGGUGAAAGAGGUGAAGGAGGAGGAGAGCAGGCCAGAGGAAGUGCAGGUGGAGGAGAAAGAUAAAGAGGAGGAGAAGUCAAUCGGCAGUGCUGACACACAGCCUGCGAGGGAGGACAAAGAGGCCGAAUCGGAGGCGAAGGAGGGCGUGAAGGAGAAAGAGGAGGAGAAGAAAGAGGAAGAGCAAGUGGUUGAGCAGGAGAAGAGUGUGCUGUCACCACUCAAACUCAACAAGAAGAUGAAGAUGGUGGUGUGUCACGUGACCUUACUGGACGGCAGCCAGUUCUCCUGCGAGGUGGAGAAACGGGCGAAAGGCCAGUACCUGUUUUUUGAAGUCUGCGAGCACCUGAAUCUGUUGGAGAAGGAUUAUUUCGGCCUGAGCUUUAAAGACAACGCUGAGCAGAGGUGCUGGCUGGACCCGACCAAGGAAAUCAAGCGGCAGAUCCGCAACUCUCAGUGGCAGUUUGCGUUCAGUGUGAAGUUUUACCCUCCUGACCCGUCCCAGCUGACGGAGGACAUAACCAGGUAUCUGCUAUGCCUUCAGCUCAGGCAGGAUAUUGCAUCGGGACGGCUGCCGUGUUCGUUCGUCACACACGCGCUGCUGGGCUCAUACGCCCUGCAGGCUGAGCUGGGCGACUAUGACCCGGAAGAGCAUCGUCUGGACUACAUCUCCGACUUCCAGUUCGCCCCAAACCAGACCAAGGAGCUGGAGGACAAGGUGGUGGAGCUACACAAGUCCCACAGGGGAAUGACUCCAGCCCAAGCAGAUGCCCAGUUUUUGGAAAAUGCGAAGAAGCUCUCCAUGUACGGCGUAGACCUGCAUCAUGCCAAGGACUCUGAGGGAGUGGAUAUCAUGUUGGGAGUGUGUGCAAACGGUUUGUUAAUCUAUAAGGAUCGUCUGCGGAUAAACCGCUUUGCUUGGCCCAAAAUCCUCAAGAUCUCCUACAAACGCAGUAACUUCUACAUCAAGAUCAGGCCAGGAGAGGCUGAGCAGUUUGAGAGUACCGUCGGCUUCAAGCUGCCCAACCAUCGUGCUGCCAAAAGAGUUUGGAAAGUCUGUGUUGAACACCACACCUUCUUCAGGCUGAUGUCUCCCGAACAGCCCACCAAGGCCAAGUUCCUGACUCUGGGCUCCAAGUUCCGCUACAGCGGGAGGACGCAGGCGCAGACGCGACAGGCCACUUCCCUCAUCGACCGGCCCGCGCCGUACUUCCAGCGCACCUCCAGCAAACGCAUCUCUCGCAGUCUUGACGGAGCUCCCAUGGUGAACGUGAGUGAUUACAGUCACGCUGUGGACUCUGCUCUGACUGCCGGCGCUGGGGAGAACGGACCGGCCCUGGAGCUCAACUCUGACUCUAAGAGUCCACAGGUGGAGGUCGUGGAGAAGCCAAACGCAGAAGUGGCCACAUUCGUCACCAAUGAAUCGGCCUUUGAGACGGAUAAAGGUGGUGCUGCCGCUCCUGAGAGAAAGAGCAAGUUGAGAGUGCAGGGGGAAAAUAUAUAUGUCAGACAUAGCAAUUUAAUGUUGGAGGACUUGGAUAAGACCCAGGAGGAUGUAUUGAAACAUCAGGCUAGCAUUAGCGAGCUAAAGCGCAGUUUUAUGGAGGCUACGCCCGAGCCCAGGCCCAGUCAGUGGGACAAACGCCUGACGGGCAGCCCUGCCACCACCCUGCGCUUGCAGGCUCAAGGGAGUUUGGAAGAGGAGCUCACCUCUCUCUUUCUGAGUAAGGCGUGCUUCUCAGGGCUGGCUGGCUCCUGCAGUACCGCUGCUGCUCCAGCAGAGGCCAGUAAAGUCUCAGCUCAGCCCGAGGUUCCACAGAAAACCCCUCCUCAUCCUGAGACCGACAGCAGAGACGCCAGCAAGAGCGCAGAGGUCAAACCCGAAGUGAACGGCCAGCCAGAGGUCAUAGAGGUCGUGGAAGAGACCGUCGUCAUUGAGGAAGUCGUCAAAACCAAACCCAAAAGCCCCGCCCCCGAGACCCCGGUUACCGUGGAGACAGAGAGCGCUGCGGAGGUCAAGGAAGAGAGGAGUUUAUCGUCAGACAGUGAGAGCGAAGAAGAGGCGGAGUAUCACGCUCAGACACCCAGUACAAGCGUCUCCGUUCAACUGAUCAAAGAAGAGCCAGAGGAAGAGCAGGAGGUGGGGCUUAUUCAACAAGCUCCACCCACUGUGGUAGAGUCACCGCCAAUCACAGAAGCAGAACCGGCUGAACCCGUCCCUGCUGCAGAGGAAGAGAAAGCGGCCGCACAGCUUGAAGAGGAAGUGUGUACAGAAAAAGCGUCGGCGACACCGGACGAUUCUCCGAACGGACACGCCCUCGAAGGUGAAGCACCGCCCACUCUCAGAGCAGUUGCAGAGGAAACGGAGGAGGAGCCUCACAUCGUCAACGGCAGCGUCUCUCGCGUGGAAACGGAGCACCUGCCGCAGGUUAUCUGUUGUUCGGAGCCUCCUGUUGUGAAGACUGAGAUGGUUACGAUUUCAGACACGUUUGCUGCUCAGAAGACAGAGAUAUCCACUAAGGAGGUCCCCAUCGUUCACACGGAAACCAAGACCAUCACGUACGAGGCCGCACAGUUGGAUGGUAAUGGAGACGGGGAGCCAGGAGUGCUCAUGACAGCUCAAACCAUCACCUCUGAGUCACUCUGCACCACCACCACCACACACAUCACCAAGACACUAAAGGGUGGGCUGUCAGAAACUCGCAUUGAGAAGCGCAUCGUCAUCACGGGAGACUCUGACAUUGAUCACGAUCAGGCGUUGGCCCAGGCUAUAAAGGAGGCCAAAGAGCAGCACCCUGACAUGUCCGUCACUCGCGUGGUCGUCCACAAAGAGACGGAGCUCGCCGAGGAUGAAGACUGAAGGGCAGAGCUGAAGUCCAGCACCUUCCUCCAGGGGUCAGAGUUCAUCCGGAGCAGGAUGUGUGGAGGAGAGAAGAGCCGCUCUGAUCCUGUACAGAAACAUCUUCAUCUUCUAUCAUUCAGAACCACUUAGCUAACAUUUGUAGCAUUUUAUUUUUUUAGCGUUUGUUUUAUCUCUUUCCCUCAAAAGAUCGUCUCUACCAUUUAUGAAGACUAGACUUCUGUUAUUUUUAUUGUUGAUUAGUAAUUCACAUUCCUAGUCUGGAUUUGGAGGAGAAUCACGUUGUGUUGGAGUACUGUGUAAUAAUAAUAAUAAUAAUACGAGGAGCGUGAGCAUAUGAAGGGGAUACUGAAGCUUUUAGGGGGUGGGGGGGUGAAGGGGGCGGGGCUAAAGAUUCAUUGGUUUUCAUGAUGUGUUUUAUAAGGGACCAGCACAGGACAGUGGCGCUGUGUGAUUUCUCAUUGGUGGACGGCAGUGCCAAUCAUUCCUCUAUGCAGUCAAACACACAAACAUUCCGCCGAGGGGAGGAGGAACGCCUUCUACCUCUCCGAGCAACAAGACGAAACCUUAAAAACUCCAGAAAACAUGAAACCUAGGCAGCUCUUUGGAAAGUUUGGAUUUCCAGCCCUUUCCUGGCACCAAUAUUCAAAUAUAUAUUUGUAGAAACCUGUUGUUUUUUAUUUUCUUUGUUUUAAAUCUGAUGAUUUGGAGGAAGUCGGCCUGUUUGCCCUUUUAAAUCUUUUUAAUCUCUUUCCGAUACUUUUGAUGAAAUGAUCAAACGCGACCGAACCGCCAGCGCUGAUGUCGAGCGAGGCCUGUGCGCUCCCUGCUCUCUCUCUCUCUCUCUCUCUCAGCUCCCGUCUGCCUCAUGGACCCUGUGUAUAGCAGUUCUGCGUAGAAUUGACCCUCUCGUUCUUUUUUUAAGAGGCUUUGAAUGAUCUGUCAUGUUUUUAUGUCCCACCCAACCCAUUGUGUAACACUCUUCAAAUUAAAGUUUGUUUAUUCUCUAAUAA